CGUCGCCGCGAUAAGCAUCGAAAACAGAGAGGAGAGAGAGAGAGAGAGAGAGAAUUAAGGUUUACAAACAUAUUUCCUACUCCUCCAUGACCAAAUCUCUCUUCCUAUAGAAUCGCAAAUACAAAACCUAUACAUACAUACAUACAUACGUAUAUAUAUAUCGUAUAUGGCUAGUGAAAGCCGUGAAUUCCCCUCUAUAGAUGAAGAAUCGAGCCGAGAGACGUCGGAAAUGCUCUACGCCACGCGCCGCUGCUGCUUCUGCAUACCCUACCGAUCCUCGGCCGUCGGCAUCAAUUGGUGGAGGAUGCGGCCGGCGGAGUUUGAUUCCGGCGGGUGGUGGGCGCGGGGGAUCGCCGCGCUGAUGAAGCUCCGCGAGUGGUCGGAGAUCGCGGCCGGUCCGAGGUGGAAGACGUUCAUACGGCGGUUCAACCGGAGCAGGAGCGGGCUGGGUAACAAGCAGCACGCGAUGAAGUUCCAGUACGACCCCUUGAGUUACUCGCUCAACUUCGACGACGGCGCGGGGCAGAAGGGCAAUGGUUUCGAGGACGAGGUGGAGUACGGGUUCCGUAACUUCUCGUCGCGGUACGCCUCGGUCCCGGUGUCGGCGAAGUCGUCCAUGGAUCUCGGGAAGGAGGCGGUGGUUUUCACGUGACUCGGCUCGUUCAGUUUAUUCAUAAUAAUUCAUAGAAGUAAUAUUCAACCUACUCGAGAUAUGUUCGAUUAAAGCCCCUUUGGAAGGAGAGGAGCGUGGCGGUGGGGCUAACGCGCGCUGGUGGGUGUGCGGAGUUAGGGGAAGGUUGAGCUGGGGAUGAGGUGGAUUUGACUUGCAUUAGUGGGUCAUUAAUUAAGGAGUAUUUUUUCCCUUGUUUUGUCUUUUUUAGAUUGUGGUUUUUUAUUUUUAUUUUUAUUUUUUUAAUAUUUGUGUUGUGUGUAAAUAAGGGAAAAUGAGAUGGUGAAAUACACGAGGAUGCGUGUGGGUUUCUACUUUUGGUUUCGCAUUAUUUUAUUUUAUUGUUUUUGGUUUUUCUUGUUUGAAUUUUUAGACUGGUUCUUGUGUAAAAAGGUUCUUCAUGUGAUGAUAAAGAUCGUUCAUGAAAUUGUCAAA